AUGGAAGCUGUAACUGACAUUUUUAACUUGAGCAACUUUACUGAACUCUCCAAACCCACUUCAGAUUCACAUGAUAAUCUGUAUCCUGAAACUGAUCUUCUUCCUCACUUCACUGGUGUCACGUUAGUGGUUCUAGCUGUAAUGAUGGCGACUGCAGCAGCUUUGAUAAUAUUUGGAAAUGCUUUGGUUUUUCUUGCAUUUGUAGUGGAUGCAAGACUUAGAACUCAAACUAAUUUAUACCUUUUAAGUCUAGCUCUGUGUGAUUUUUCAGUAGGUGUAGUCUCCAUUCCAUUCUAUAUACCUUAUGGGUUGCAUGGAACUUGGAUGCUUGGAAAAGAGCUUUGCAAAUUGUGGCUGCUAAUCGAUUAUACUGCCUGUGCAGUUUCAGUUUUUAACAUUGUCCUUAUCAGUUAUGACCGAUACCUCUCUGUCACUAAACCAGUUGCAUAUCGAGCUCGGCAAGAGAAAAUGUGUAAUGCCACUUCUAAAAUUAUAAUUGUAUGGCUACUUGCAUUCAUUAUCUAUGGUCCAGCUCUGCUUUCUUGGGACAUUAUUACAGGUCAAACGCAAGUACCCAAUGGACAGUGUUUUGCAGAAUUUGAAUAUAGUUCAUACUUUUCAGUUUGCUUUUUAACAUGCAUUUUUUUCAUUCCAUUUUGUAGUGUGAGUUAUUUCAACAUUGGUAUAUACUGGAACAUCAAUAAACGAAAUAAAAAUAAACAAAUUAAUAAAAAAAUGCAAUUAGAAUCAAAAAGUGAAGACACAAAAAUAUUUUUAUCUAUUAUAAAACUGUGUAAACUUUCACUAAAGGAAAAGCUACCCUGUUUCUUUCAUGUGUCAGAAGAAUCUUCUUCUUCAGGGAGUUCUGGACUGCCUUUUUCUGUAACAAAACCUGACAAAACCAGGGGCGAAUUGAAUAACCAAAAUAUGUUAUCAACAGUGGAUGAGCAGAAAACACCAUCUCAAAACUCUGCAUUAAGAUUGUCCAAGGACAAAAAAAUUGCAAAGUCCCUAGCUCUGCUUUGGAGUGGUGCAUCAGCUUUCAUUCUUCCUAUAGUAGUAACUACUGUAUCACUAAUGAUAGUAAUAGGGAAUGCCUUAGUCUUUGUCGCCUUUCUAGUGGAAGCAAGUCUUCGAACACAGAGUAAUUUAUUUCUUAUUAACCUUGCAGUCUGUGACUUUUCUGUUGGUGCAAUUUCCAUACCUUUAUACAUACCUUAUGGAUUAUAUGGUAUUUGGAUACUUGGAAAAGAACUUUGCACAUUUUGGUUGGUAAUGGAUUAUACUGCAUGCGCAGCUUCAGUUUUUACCAUUGUCCUUAUCAGUUAUGAUCGAUACCUCUCUGUCACUAAAGCUGUUGCUUAUCGAUCAGAGCAAGAAAAGACUGUCAAAGGCAUCGCUAAGAUUGGUGUAAUAUGGGUUCUUGCUUUCCUUGUCUAUGGCCCAGCCUUGAUUUUCUGGAACUUUGUAACUGGGGAAACAAAUGUACCUGAAGGACAAUGUUAUGCUGAAUUUGACAGUAGUUGGUACUUUUUAAUAUGUUUUUUCAUAUUUAAUUUUAUCAUACCAUUUUGUAGUGUGAGUUAUUUCAAUUUAAGCAUCUAUUUUAAUAUCAGAAAACGAAGCCAAAAUAUACAAAUCACACUGAGUACAAAGAAGCAAAUAACAGCAAAAAUUUUGGCUUUAACAACAUGGCUAUUUUUUAAAAAAAAUCCUAAAUCUUCACUACCAGAAAAGGUACCCUGUAGUUUAUCAGUAUCACAAGAAUCAGCUGUUCUCAGAAAUGUUGGACAAGGUUCACAGGAGGUCAAACGAAACCAAAGUAACUCAGCAGUAAAAGAUCAGAAACCUCUACCUCAGAAUAUUGCACAUAGACUGUCAAAGGACAGAAAAAUUGCCAAGUCCCUUGCGAUACUUGUCUGCAUUUUUGGUGCUUGUUGGGCUCCAUAUAUUCUGUUUACAACUGUUAAUUCAAUAAGGCCAGAUGCUAAUGGAUAUUUCUGGACAUAUAUCACAACAUGGUGUGUAUGGCUGAACUCUCUCAUCAAUCCUGUAUUGUAUCCUUUAUGUCACAGAAGUUUUCGAAGAACAUUUCUAAAAAUACUUUGUUAUAAAUAA